GGCUGGGUUGGGUGGAGGAGGAGGUGAGGACGUGAGGGGUAGGGGUGAGGGAGAGAGGGACGGGGUCCGUUCCUGUCCAGCAGGGUCCAUCCCUGGUCGGUCCUGUGCCUGUGGGGGGAGUGAACACAAGCUCAGACACAAACAUCGUCACAGACAGCGUAAUCGUGAACGAGAGGAAGAAGAGGAGGAAGAGGAGGAGAGAGUGGCAGGGUCACAGCCAAGGUCAGAGUUCACCACAGGGUCUAGAGGAAGUAGAAAGACUGGAGGACAAGGGAGUGCUGGGUUGAUGGAGUCUCCAUGGCAACAUAGGCACGGCAAAUACCCCUCUACUUUCUCCCCUGCUUCUGCUAAACCAGCCUCUUCAUCAUCAUCAUCAUCAUCAGAGAGGCUCAAACACACACCCCUCACCUGUCUAGGCUCCUCUCACCUGUCCUCGUUUGGGGAGGCCUGGGGAGGUCGGCAGAACCCCUGGCUGAGGAGAGGGGGGCUGGGGGCAGGAUUCAGACCCCCCGACCCCACCUGGGGCACUCUGACAGAGGGGCAGAGGACGGCCGCUGUGGGGAGGUCAGAGAGAGAGGCGGGGGAGAGCCACACACCCUGUCACAGCACCUUCACCCCUCAGACACACACCAAUCUCUUCACCUCCUCUGCCACCAGUGGGAGGGGCAUGAGGAGCGGAAGAGACAAUUGGAGACCAGGGAGCCAAGACGGGUCACUGAGGAGGGAGGAGCCAUCACAGACCGAGAGGAGAGGCACAGGCCCACACUAUGACCUGAGCAGGAGGCAACUGAAGUGGCUGAGAACCGGUCAACGUUUUGGGGCUAAGAGAGGGCCUGGACGACCCAGGAAGAACCCUCUACCCUCCCCCUUGGUCUCCCCCUUCCUCUCCUGUACAACCCCACCAAACCCUCCAACUGAGACACACGUCCAGAACAGAGACAGAAACAGAGGAAGUAGAGGAGGAGGAGAUACAGUGCAAGAGGUGAUUGAAGCUGUGAUUCGGCGCCAGAAGAGGAGAAGACUGAAGAGGAGGCGCAUUGAGGAAGAGGAGAAAGAGGAGGGUGAGCAUCCACCCUGUCUCCAAAGUUCUGGUGAAGGUGAGCCAGUCACCCACACCCCCACCAUAUGCACAGGCCAAUCAGAGCUAAGCCAAGCUCCAUCGCUAACCCCGGCCAGCCAAUCAGAUAAGGGAGCUGACCAGCUGCCUAGGAAGAGGUUUCAGAGGGCAGGGCUCUACUCAGAUGACUACAAAACUACAGAUCCCUCCUCUCAGAGCCAGCUGAACAGAGAGAGACUGGAAUAUACACCAGGAGAACAAGACUACAGCCUCCUGCCUGCUCCCAUACAUGUCGGGAAGUACUUAAGAAUGAGACGUAUUGACUUUCAGUUGCCCUUUGAUGUCCUGUGGCUCUUCAGGCACAACCAGCUCCACAAAGAGCCUGAUGUUCCUCUGACCAGAGAGAUCUCAUCCCGCCAACCAAAGGAGAAGAGCCUGUCCAGUCACCAGACAGGGGUGUCCCUCCCUCCCUCUCCCUUGGAGGAAGUUUCCAGUCCCAGUAAGAAGCUGUUUCCCCACCUGGACAUGGAGCCUAUGACCACCAGUGACAGGGUGUUCGUCCUGAAACAGCACGUGUUCCUUUUAAGGAACUGGGAGAGGGUCAGUGACAGACAGAUACGCCUGAGGAGGGGGAGAGAGGGGGAGCGAGAGAAAGAAGGAGAGAAGGAUGGAGGAGGAGUUUCCAGCGAUGUAGCUACUGGGGACAACAACAGCAUGUCAGGUCGACGAAUGUCUGUGAAGAAGAAGGUUGUGUUGACUAGUGAGCCCCUUCGUGAUCCCCAGUGCCCCCCUAACCCUCUCAGCACCACACCCCAUCUCACUCAACCUCAGAACAGACGAGAGGAGAAAAAACAGAGGGAGGAGGAGGGCCGGAGGGAGGUGCGGAAGGAACGACUGAACAACAUACUCCUGAAGCUGCGGCAGGCAUGAUUGGUGACAGAGAGGAAAAGGAAGGAAGGAGGAAAUCUUCUUCCUCCAAGUAGCUCAGCUCAGUCUCUCUUCUUCCUCCAAGUAGCUCAGCUCAGUCUCUCUUCUUCCACCAAGUAGCUCAGCUCAGUCUCUCUUCUUCCUCCAAGUAGCUAAGUUCAGCUAACUUUGCACUAGUGUUGGGGGGGGGGAAAGCUUCCCUGAAAUGAUGUGUUAUAAAGAUUAUUUUCGUCUUUGUUUCUGAGAGGAAUGUGGGAUGGGUGUUGUUGUUUGCUGUACCAUUGAGAAUGAUUGACAGAUGGUCAGCAGACCAGUGACAGUCUGAUUUAAUAGUCAGAGAGGGCGGAAGGGAUGGAUGGAGACCAUAGUCUUAGGGCUGGAUUCAAUUCGUAUCGCGGAAGAUCCACGUUAUAGCUCGAUUUAAAUGUAAAGGAAAUGUUCCCGCGUUCGCGGAGACUACAUUCACGGUAAACGCUGCAUGUCGGCUUAAUCUAAAAUUACCUUUUUCUCCCCAAUUUUGAUUUUGAUCAUCGC